AUAGAAAGGAACAAGUGCAGCUUACGAGCAUCAUGUCCAAGCAAAAAGUCCUCCUUCUCGGCGCAACAGGCGAGACCGGCGGUGAUAUCUUGGAGGGAUUGCUCGAGGAUGGGAGUUUCGAAGUCGCCUGCCUCGUCCAGCCCUCCUCUGCCCAAAAACCAGCAGUCAAAAAGCUCGAGACUCGCAACCUGAAAAUCGUCGUCGGCGAUCUAUCCGGCGACGUUAACGACCUCGCAACAGCAAUCACCGGCUACGACACCAUCAUAAGCAGUAUUUCGGCGCCGCAUCAGCUCGCGCAGCUCAGCCUUGUAGAUGCCGCGGCGAAAGCGGGGACGGUGAAGAGGUUUGUGCCGUGCGGGUUUAUGACAGUGUGCCCACCCGGCGGGGUCAUGCAUCUGCGUGACGACAAAGAGGUCGUGUAUCAGCGCAUCUGGUGCCAUCAUUUACCGUAUACGAUUGUAGAUGUGGGGUACUGGCAUCAGUUGAGCUGGUUUCGGGUGCCGAGCGGUAGGUUUGAUUAUGCGGUUUUGUUGGAGAGGAAUGAGGUGUAUGCGGGAGGCGACGCGAAGACGCUGUUGACGGAUAAGAGGGACAUCGGGCGUUUCGUCGCGCGUAUUAUCAAAGAUGAACGAACGCUGAACCAGAAGGUGUUCACGUACUCGGACUUCAUCUCGCAGAACGAAAUCGCGCGGAUGAUAGAGCAGAAGACUGGCGAAAAAUUGGAACUCACGCAUAUCUCUGAGCAAGACCUCCUCACCACGCGUGCCAAUGCACGCGCUGCUUGCGAACCGGAGCCGCGAAACAUGAUGGUGCGUUUGGUGCGCUCGCAGGCUGAAUACAAUGCCUCGAAAUACAUCCGCCGGGACAAUACGCCGGCGAUGGGGAAGUACCUGGGAUAUUUGGACGCAAGGGAACUGUAUCCGGAUUUUGAGCCGAUCUCCUUUGAGAGGUUUGUGGAUGAGUUGGUGGAGGGGAAGGGGGAGAGACCGUAUGAGGAGAUGUAUGCUGCAUUGAAGGAUAUGCAGGGUGGAGAGAAGGCGGAAGGGGAGUAG